AGGUUGCCGCUUCCUCCGCCAGUCUGAGCGGAGGUGAUGGAGUGAGGGGGAGAGCCGGGAGGGUCUCAGAACUUGGGUUUAAACUUGGGUUUGGAUUGAACUUCUACUCGGACUAGAGGCGGAUUAAAAUACUCACAUAUCGGCUCACCUGUAUCCGCCCUUUUAGCGCUCUGACCGAGGCGUGCCGUGCCCGCCCACAGCCUGCCGACUGACGGUUACCGGAGCUGGACGAGUCUCCGCCAGUAGAGUACCGAGCCCCCGUCAAGCUGCCGCUCCCUCUCCGCUGCAGGCAUGUCGACCUCCGGAGACUUCGGGAACCCGCUGAGGAAAUUUAAACUGGUGUUUCUCGGAGAACAGAGCGUUGGGAAGACUUCACUGAUCACCAGAUUCAUGUACGACAGCUUUGAUAACACCUACCAGGCCACAAUAGGAAUUGAUUUUUUAUCAAAAACCAUGUACCUUGAGGACAGAACAGUGCGGCUGCAGUUGUGGGACACGGCAGGACAGGAGCGCUUCCGCAGUCUGAUCCCCAGCUACAUACGCGACUCCACCGUGGCCGUCGUAGUCUAUGACAUCACAAAUGUGAACUCCUUCCAGCAGACCACAAAAUGGAUCGACGAUGUCAGAACAGAGAGAGGAAGUGACGUCAUCAUCAUGCUGGUUGGGAACAAGACAGAUCUUGCAGAUAAAAGACAGAUAACAACAGAGGAGGGAGAACAGAGAGCUAAAGAAAUGAAUGUUCUGUUUAUCGAAACGAGCGCAAAGACAGGAUACAAUGUGAAACAGCUUUUCCGGCGUGUGGCUGCUGCCCUGCCCGGCAUGGAGAGCACACAGGACAAGAGCAGAGAAGACAUGAUUGACAUAAAGCUGGAGAAACCCCCAGAACAGCCAGUCAGCGAAGGCGGCUGUUCUUGCUAAGAUCUCGCCUCAUCCCUCCUCACCCUCUCUCUCUCUCUCUCCCUCUCUCACACUCCCCUCUUUCUCACUCCUCUCUCUCUCUCUCUCCUCCGUCUCUUCUCGGCUGCAGUAUCGGUGUCCCCUCACCUCCCCCCCUCCCAGCCUGAAACCAGAAGAACACUACUUGUCCAUCAUCCUCAGCCAAGCUUUCUGCUGACUCACUGAGAUGACCUUAAGCUUACGAAGCACAAUGUGGAUGUGAAAGGUGUUGCUUCCUUUUUUUUCCCUGUUAAAUUUUGAAAUCCGUUAUUCUUCCUUUUGUUAUUGUUAUUAAUAUUAUUAUAUUAUAAUUAUUUUGGCAAAAUAAAACGUUUUAGUACUUUCUGUUUGUUGGCACUGUACCUUGAACAGAUAAACGCUUAUGCCACAGUUAGGCUCACGCGAUGCAGUGCACCUGAUGAGUGCAGAAAUGGAAAAUCUAGGGGUCUGUCUUUGUAUAUAUGUGAGCACUUGAACAAUUAAAAGAAUAGUCUGAGGAAAAAUCCAAUGAACAUUAUUGAGUGAUCAGCCAGGGCUAGUUUUGGUUGCUGAAGUUUGCUUCUUUAGGUUGGAAUAGGAAAUUAAAAGCUUUACUAAAACUGUAUUUAGAAGUUAUUUUUUUACAUGGGGAAGUGGGGUAAUUUAAUUUUACUACAGAACAUCUGUACAAUUUAUUGCUGAUUUGAAUGAGAUAAGAAAUCUUGGUAUAACUGACUUGGAUGGGAGCAGCUACUCGAUUUACACACUUUCAUCACCUCCAAAAUACGUGAUGGAAACCAAUAUUAUCAACCACUUAUAGCAUAUAUAUGUAGGCCAUAUACAGCCUACACUUCACAGAGACUUACACAGUGACCUUCCUAAAGCAGCAGGAGUAUUAUCCCAUUAUCCUAACAUCUCCAGUUUCAAACUAAAGAAGUUGACUUCAAAUAUCAAAAUUGUCAGUCUGAUUUACUGUAUCUGGUAUCGGUGAUGAUAAAUCUUGUUUGUUCUAUUUUUCGCUGCACUGUUCUUUAAUAUAUUGGAUUAUUAACAAUGUUCUGAUGAAGUUCUGAGUACUUUUCCUAUUAAAGAGUACUCAGGUGCUACGUGUGCUUUGCAAGCUAUCAGAAAUUCAGUCUUGCACAGGGUAGAGUUGAGAGUUGGGAGUGCAAACUAAGACUAAAGGCAUGUCAUGUUUAAGGGGUAUUGGGAUUGAAGUCUAGAAGUCUAGAUUAUGUCAUUAUCGGCUAUGCAGGGGUGUCAUGUUUUGUCUUUGGGGAGAAAAUAAAACGAGACACCAUCACCAUCCUUAAUAUUUACAUUACGGACGCUCUUAUACACAGAACGGUUUUCAGCAUGAAACUCAUCAAAUCUCUCUUUUAUUUUGGCUCAUUUUUUCACCUCGGCUGCCAUUCUCUUAUACAUAGAGUGUUAAAAAAAAUCCAGUAGCACAGUAGUAGGAAAAGUACAGUUACUUCACACAGUAGAUAAGAUGAUUUAUUUGUUUUUUGUUUGUUUUGUUUUGUAUAUUAAGGGACAUUAUCAUAGACAUCAACUGAUUAUAUCAAUGCAUAUUAUGCAGCCAUGCCUUUAAGAGUUUUAUAGGGCUUCCACAGGCGUUUUUUUUUUGUUUGUUUGUUUGUUAGCAUUGUAAAGUUUGAUUUAAUGUAAUAUUAAAAUAAUGACACUUUAGCUGUCUGUUUUUUUCCUCAUAUAUUGGUUUGUUGAAUCGACCAUGAUGUGUAAUAUUUAUUUCUACUCAGAUCAUGUUGCUUUUUUUUUUGUUUCUCUUUAAUUUUCUGUCAUAAUGUGGUCAUAAUUCACAAUUUUUUUGCAAUGCUUUGUAGACCCCCUCCAAAACAGACCCACCAGCGGGUUUAAGCAAGCUCAAGAUACAGUGCAAAUAGAGUGGUGUUUUUUUCUUGUUUGUUUGUUUUGUUUGUUAAUUUUUCCCUUCCCAGAUUGUUUUGGUUGUUUUUGUUCCUGGAGGAAAGUCCAUGCACGGUAACCGUUACCUCCAGGUUGUCAGAUUUUUUUUUCUUCAUUUUGUCUAAUUUUAUUUGUUUUAUAUUUGUUUAUUGACUGUUUUUUUAACUGUCACCACUGUGUGCUGCUGUGAUGCUGUGUACAAAACGCUCAUAAUUUGCACUGCUAGAUUACAUCAGUGUCUUAUUGACAUCCCUAAUAAAGACCUUUAUUUAGUGA